AUGACCUCUCUCGAUCUGUCUAAACAUUUUAGCACCAAUCGAAUUUUAUUGCUUCUCAUUGGCGUGUGGCCUUAUGAGCGAUCGUUUUUAAUUGAAUUUCAAUUCAUUUUACUUUAUAGUAUUAUCACGACUUUUAUUGUAUUUCAGUUUACAACAUUUAUAACAUCGGAACACACUUUCGACUUUAUCUGUAAAGUUUUAUCUUCUGCAUUCUUUUUAUUCUUUUUAAUCAAAUACAAUUCGUUUUGGAUUAACGCUGAUGUUUUGAGGAGUACGAUGAAACAGUUUCUAGACAUAUGUAAUGAGAUAAAAGACGAAAAUGAAAUCACCAUCAUAAAAAAAUACGGAAGUAAAGCAAAACGUUUUACGAUUAUAAUUAUAUUACUUGGAUUAAGCUAUCAAUUUGGUUUUAUUUUGCUGCAACUUUGGCCGCACAUUUACUACAUUAUCGCCACAAACAUAUCUCGACCACGUUCAACACAUAUUUUGACAGAAUAUUUUAUUGAUCAAGAAAAAUAUUCUUAUUUAAUUAUGUUGCAUACUAACGCAGCAUCUUGCAUAGGAGCAUUAGCAAUGGCAUCGACAGGAGCUCUGCUCAUAACAUAUCUUCAGCAUACUUGUGCAAUGUUUAGUAUCGCUUGCUACCGUAUCGAGCAGGCAAUUCGUAUCGUACAAAAGGGCGGUAUCAAAAAUGAGCAAAAGUGUUGUCAAAAUAUAAUUGGCGCUGUAAACAUUCAUUGCGAGGCUAUGAAGCUUAGCCAUUUCUUAAUAUCCAAUUUUGUGGGAUCUUUCUUUUCCUUGAUAGCAGCUGGCUUAUUUUGCCUGAGCUGUAAUCUUCUUCAAAUUGUGUCAGUUAACAAUAGCAUUGAACAAAUUUUAUUAUCUCUAUUUAUGGUAUCUGUCCAUUACACAUACUUGUUUCUAUCCAAUCAUAUUGCGCAAGAAAUUACGGACCACAAUGAAUAUUUGUUUAUCACUGUAUAUAAUGUCAAUUGGUACAAGGCUCCAAUACGUGUACAGAAAAUGAUACUUUUUCUACUGCAAAAGGGCACUAAAAGUUUCAAUCUGGUUCUCGGUGGAAUAUUUGUAGCGUCCAUGAAAAGUGCGGCUUCGCUGCUGAGCACUUCCAUAUCAUACUUCACCGUUCUUUAUUCUGUCCGACAAGAUUAAAAGUAUAUGUAU